UGUCCCACCCUUCUCUUGGGCUUUCAUUCCAAUGCACAGUGCACAGGCGAUGGACCGGGGUAGAACUAGGGGAGGAAUCUCAGAUUGAGUUAGAGAAAGUCCAUUUAGUCCUUCAGUGUGGGCCACUGUUUGGUGUAAAGGGGGUUACUUGCCUAUCUUGGUUGUUCGGCUGUGCUAAGCUAGUGUGGUUGUUUCUCCAGCCCCGAAGAAAUAUUAUAUUGGUGCUCGUAAACUGUUGAGUACUGCCACAGCUAACAAAAUAGCGGGUUAGCUGUCCACCAGGCAAUCUGUAUUGGAGCUCCAGUUCAAAUCCAACACCCUGCCCUGAUCUACCGCAACAGUCAUGUCUUCUCCAGGGGACUUUGGAAACCCGUUGAGGAAAUUCAAACUGGUCUUUCUCGGAGAACAGAGUGUGGGAAAGACUUCGUUGAUCACAAGGUUCAUGUAUGACAGCUUUGACAACACCUACCAGGCCACAAUAGGAAUCGACUUUUUAUCGAAAACCAUGUAUCUUGAGGACAGAACAGUUCGUCUGCAGCUGUGGGACACUGCUGGGCAGGAGCGCUUCCGGAGCCUCAUCCCCAGCUACAUACGAGACUCCACCGUGGCCGUGGUGGUCUAUGACAUCACAAACGUUAACUCUUUCCAGCAGACUACAAAGUGGAUCGAUGACGUCAGAACGGAGAGAGGAAGUGAUGUCAUAAUCAUGCUGGUUGGGAACAAGACGGAUCUCGCAGAUAAGAGACAAAUAAGCACUGAGGAGGGCGAACAGAGAGCAAAGGAACUCAGUGUUCUGUUUAUCGAAACCAGUGCAAAGACAGGAUACAAUGUCAAACAGCUGUUCAGGCGCGUGGCUGCUGCUCUGCCUGGUAUGGAGAGCACUCAGGACAAGAGCAGAGAAGACAUGGUGGACAUCAAGCUGCCUGCAGACUCCCCGGAGCAGCCCAUCAGCGAGAGUGCCUGCUCAUGCUAGGCCUUCGCCGACGCCACCUUUACCACUCCCAUUCUCUCUCUCUCUGGAUCUCUCUAUCUCUGUCUCUCUCUCUCUCUCUCUCUCACCGCCUCUGUCCAUCUCUCUUUCUCUCCCUCCUUCUUCUCUUUAUAUCUCCUUCUUACAUACACUCCCUCUCUUUCCUUCUGUCUCUCUCCUGCCUCUCCUUUUCUGCUUCUCCUGGUCUUUUCCCCACACUAUGAACUCUCUUCACCCUUCUCUCUUUCCCUCUUUUCUUUCUCUUUCUCUAUAUCCAUCCCUCUCUCUGGUGGUCCUGCUUUCCUUGAUUUGUGUUUUUUUUGUCGGGUUCAGUAUCGCUGCUUUCUCCAAGGCUGGCAUCACCCCUCCCCUCCCCUCCCUCGGAUGCGGUGUCUGUCCAGGGGGGGUAAAAGAGAACACUACCUGUCCAGCGUCUUCUUGUCCUCGUUAUGUCCUGCCCACUCACUCUGAAGACCUUAAGCUUAAACAAGCACAAAACGUACGUGGAUGUGAAUGGUGUUGCUUCUUCUAUCUAUCUAUUCUGUUCUUUUUUUUUUUCUUCCUCCUGUUUCAAGUUCUUUUCCUGGCUUCUUUUUUUGCUUUUGUGUCCAUUUUGUUUUCCAAAAGAAAAAAGGUUGUCACUAGGUUGUUUUUGUUUUCUUUUUUGUUUUUUUUUGCAUAGCAUGGGAAAGCACUGUGUCAUGUUGUUUGUUGUGCGUGUACCAUGGUGAGUGCGUACCCAACUGAGACGCCACACAGCACAGAGCACUUGGCAUGAACGUUGGCCAUGGAUUGUUAAAUUUCCAGGACCCACACUGCAUAUGACGGCACAGCACCUGUGCUGAUUGUAAUGCCUUUAGCUGAACACCCACAUUUAAGUUAGAAUCACCACUACACAGUGUCGUUGGCAAGGGUCCCGCCGAUUAGGUUGCUGAGAUGCAAGGGUUCAAACCCAGAACAGUAACUUUCAAUGCAGAACACACAUUAGGAUUGCACCGCAUUGUGGACCUUUUGGGUUCUGUUUGUCCCGCACUGGGCUGAAUGGCCUCUUGUUCGGUGUUUCAGCUAUUGUUCUGUAAGAAAUGGUGUCACUUUUCUUCACUGGUGAAGAGUCCCCUGUACAAAAGAAGACGAACAUUCAAAACUUUGUACAGAUCUGCCCCCUACCUGUCAGGUACAGAAUUACACUCAGUGUGUGACUGCAAAUGGUGAGAGUAAAAGCGGACUCAGACAGAAAGUCGGUCAGAGUAGACAGAGUCCACAUCAAUGUUAAGGAGGGAGUGUGUUUACAAAAGGUGGUUUUUCGGUGUGACUCCCAUAGUGUAAGCCACUGUGUGGCCUAUGAGCUCACGAAUGGAUUGGCUAGCUAGCUAUACUGCCAUGGCAACAAGAUGAGUGCUCGGUGUACUUCCUGGUCAGAACAGUUCCCAGAAUUCACCUUUCUUUGCUCUGCUGCCAUUUCCUCACAUUUUUUCCCCCUUUUUGGUCAAGACUUUUCACAUCUUGUUCAGAUGAAAUAAUCUAUAGAUUUUAAGAGUAUAGAUGGGGAGAAAUGUAUGCUUUUAAAAGAAAAAAUGGUAGAUGUUAAUAGGACUUCUUUUGUAUAUUGGGGAAGCGUUAUACAUCUUUACUUAUAUCAGAUAUUAUGCAGCCAUGCCUUCUAAGUGUUCGGUUUUUGUAGGGCUUCCAUGGGUCUGGUCAUUUGUUAGCAUUGUAAAGUUUGAUUUUCAUGUUAUAUCGAUUCUUCAGAUAGAUUUUUUUUCGUUUGUUCUUUUUUUAAUGAGAAUUAUUUAACAUGUUUGUUCUGUCAAUCAUGUUAUUAUAUUUAUUUGUACUGGAUCAUGUCAUGCUUUUUAUUAAUGUUAGCACAUUUUUUUUCCCUUUUUCAAUGUCCUGGCCCAAGGCAAAAUCACUGACUAUGCUUAAUUAUAUGCCACCUCCCAAGAUCCCAAAUACAAAGAAAUGUAAAAAAUUCUCUCUGGAAACAUGUCGUGCAAUGUGUGGGGUUUUUAUAUCCUCUGGAACAAGAUCCACCGUUAUCAUUUAGUCGUCACAUUACUAAUUUGUCCUCCUUUUCCGUGUCAUGAUUUUUGUUUGUUUGGACGGAUUUUAACGGUCACUGCUGUGUGCUGAUGUGGUGGUGUGCACAAAGGCCAUAAUUUGCACUGCUAGAUAUUGUGUCUCUUUUUGACAUCCCUAAUAAAGAUCUGUAUUUAGUAACUCUGGA